CCCACCGUUCUCACCCGAUUUCUCAAGACUCAACGAUUGAGCUACCGCGCAGCACCACAUCACACCAUGAAAAGCCAACCCGGCACCCGCUACGAGAUUUGCCAGGUGCAAUCCGGCUCGGUGCCCUGGGGACAAUCGUCCGGCAAACAGGUGCUGUGGAUCGGCUGCUCCGACAGUGAUUACGACGAGCUAGAGACCCUGGGUCUCCAGUCGGAUCAGGUUCUAGAAUAUCGGAACCUGGGCAACAUGGUGGUGGACGAUCUCUCCUGCAAAACCACGUUAGGCUAUGCAUUGGAUCAACUCAAGAUCCGGGAUAUUGUCGUGUGUGGGCAUUACGGCUGUCACAUUGUCCAAGGGACCCCCAAUCCAGGUCUUCCUGAGCCGUGGAGCCGGAAUCUGGACGAGAUUCGUUGCACGCACAAUCACACGCUCGACCGAACAACGGGCCCAGCGCGCGAUCGAGCCAUGGUGGAAUUGAAUAUUCUGGGGCAGAUGCAGUCUUUGAGUCGAGCGCAUCCCGCCAUCGAUCCAGCGCACGACGGGGAGAUUAAGGUCUUCGGAAUGGUUUACGACCGAGCAUCGAAGACAGGAUACCAGAUUCGAGAGGCUAGCUGUUGA